CCGAGUUCGAGUCUCGGUGAGACCUCCACUUUUUUGUUUUUUCUGAUUACGUAAUAUUUUGUGUUUCUUGAAGCCAAUGGGUCCAAACGUCGCUUUUAGUGGAUCCCUUAUGGCAUCAAAUAUAUUUAUAAGCCUUGGUUCUUUGGUUUUGUAUUCGCCACUUAAACCGGCAAUAAUCAAUGCCACAUGACUGCUAAUCAAUUUGAGUAAAUUCAGCAUUAAAAAAAAAAGAGGUUUACUUCUCAACAAUAUAGCUACAUCAUAUGGACUCGAGCUCGCCAAUCACACUUGAAGGCUCUUCUUCCCUCGUCGUUAAGUUCUUUGAAUGUGGUUUGAACAAUAUUUUGUACCAACGUGGUUUAUACCCAACUGACGACUUCAAACUUGUUAGUAAAUACGGCAUGAAGAUUUACGCGUCGAUCAAUCCCGAGUUAACAGCCUAUAUUGACAAGAUCAUACAGCAAUUACAAAUUUGGCUGAAAAGCAAUACGAUCAGUAAACUAGUAGUAGUUAUCAAGUCAAAAGACACACUGGAAGUCUUGGAGCGAUGGAAUUUUGACGUACAUAUCAAUGGAGAAGAUGGAAUUCCUAUGACAGAAAACAUACCACCUGAACAAGCAGUAAUCAUUCAGCAAAACACAGUAAAACAGAUCAGAACCAUUUUACGCCAAAUCACAGCUAGUGUCUCCUUCUUACCAGAAUUAGAAACUGAUGAUUGCACAUUUAAUGUAUUGGUGUAUGCAAACAAAGAUGUCGAAGUACCCUUAACAUGGGGAGAUAGUGGGCCUAAUUUGAUUGCUGGUGGCGGAGAACAUGUACGAUUAAAAUCAUUCAACACACUGGUACAUAAGGUAGACACAUUUGUAGCAUACAAAAUGGAUUCAAGUCACUUUACAAAUGAACAAUAAAAAAAGAGGAGUAUU